AUGUCAUCAUACAGAGAAAGAGAAUAUAGAGAUAAUAGAGAUAGUAGAGAUAAUAGAGAUAGGGAUAAUAGAAGAGAUAGGGAUAAAGAUAGAGACAAUUAUAAAAGAAAUAGAAAUGAUAACGAAAUAAAUGAAGAUAACAGCUAUAAAAGGGAUGAAAAUAAUAAAAGGUUAAGAGAAUUACAAACAUACAGCGAUAAAAGAGGUGAUAGUAGUAAUAAUAAAAAUAAUAAUUAUUCUAAAUAUAAAAACGAUAGAAAUAAUGACAGAAAAAAAAGUUUCAAAGACAAGGAUCACAUUGACUACAGCAAAUAUGAAUUUGGUAGAAGAGAAGAUAGGGAAAAAGAAAGAGAGGAAGAAGAAAAAAGAAAAAUACCAAAAGAAAAACCAGAUUUUAAACCUUCAGGUGCAUUGUUACGAGAUAAAAGUAGUAAUAACGAUGAUGAUGGUGGUGACGAUGAAAAUAAAGUUAAAUUGAAAUGGGUGGAACCUAGCGAAGCAAGUUUUCCAAAAGAUAAAUGGGUAAUUUAUCCAUUCAAAGAAAAAGAAGCAUUGGACCCAAUCUAUUUAAGAAAAAAAGCAUUUUUAUUUGGUAGAGAUAGGGAAAUAUCCGACAUUCCAACUGAUCAUCCAUCUUGCUCAUCACAACAUGCCGUAUUGGUUUUUAGAAAAGUUAAAAAAGAAGAUAAAAGAACUGGCGAAAUGCUAACCUUAGUUUUACCAUAUUUAAUCGAUUUGGAGAGCACAAAUGGCACCUUUUAUAAUGGCAAUAAAUUAGAGUCAUCAAGAUAUUUAGAACUAAAGAGUAAAGAUUCAAUAAAGUUUGGCCAAAGUACAAGAGAAUAUAUUUUAUUAAGAGAAGACACAGUUGAUGAGGAAGAUGACGACGAAAGUGACAAUUAA